AGAGGGUCCUCACAGCGCUAGAAAGAAGAGGGAGUGUUUGUGUGGUGACGUGUUGCGUUGAAAUGUGUUGAAAUGUGUUGCAGAGUUUUCACAUUCAGACUUGAGUUUUCAUCAUGAGGAUCGUACUGCUGCUCGCUCUGCUCUCAGUGUCUCUGUGCAGCAGCACAGUUCUUGUUUCAUCUGGUUCAGACGUCAAUCUGACCUGUAGCUAUGAUAUAAAGAAACAUGGAGCUCUGACAGUUUGUUGGGGUCGAGGAGAUAUACCAAACUAUGGCUGCAACAAUCAGCUGAUCUACACAGAUGGAAAUAAAGUGACACAAAGAGCUUCCAGCAGGUAUCAGCUGAGGGGUCGACUGGACCGAGGAGACGUUUCUCUGACCAUAGAAAACGUCACUGAAGACGACUCUGGGAGAUAUGGAUGUAGAGUGAUGAUAUCUGGAUGGUUUAAUGAUGAGAAAUAUUACACGGACCUGAGGGUGGACACAGCAACGUUAGCACCCACAACAACAUCCUCUCACACAGAGACGCCGGCCUGGUCAACAACAGCCAAUCAGACGACAGGUCACAUGACGUCCACGGGGGCCAACAUCCUGACUUCCCCCUUCAGCGACGUCCAGGAGACGGAGGAACCCGGUACUCUGGUGGUGGUUCUGGUGUGCGUUCUGUUCGGGUCGGUGGUUCUAGUCGCUGCACUCGUCGUCGUCGCAGCCAGAAGAUGUCGGAGAAUCGACAAAAUUGUCCAGCAGCAGGUCGGUACAUCGGUCCAGUUCACCUCCACCUCCUCCACGCUGCAUCUGCACAGUCGAGGCUCAGCGGUGGAAAACAUCUAUCAGAUCGACGAGGGCGGAGACAGAGGCGGAGAAUACGAGUACUGCCCCUGAGUGCACAGUCUCCGCCUCCGACCAUUAAAGGAGUCACUUGAUGAAUGAACUCUAAACACAUUCACAUUCUACUGCAAAAGACUCACAGAGCUUCACUCAUUCGUGCUGCGUUCACAGCCGAUACAGUAAACACCAGCACCCGUGUCAGUAAAGAUCCUCCUCCAGAGAACCAGUGUUAAUGUUUACGGACAUUUUUGAUUUAGCCAUUUUUGUCUUGUAUAGUUUUAUUCAAUGUCAUUUCAUUUUUUUAAAACUUGUAAUUGUUUUAUGUGUCACAUAUUUACAAAAUAGAAAAGUUUGUUGUUUAAAACUUCAAAUAUUAAUUAAUUAAACUCCAUCUAUCUAUCUACUCUACUAUUGUUGAGGUUAUUUAUACACAGACAUAAUGUAUAUAUCUAUCUAUCUGGACGUCUACGGACAGUUAUAGCUUCAUGCUAAAUGCUAUAUGCUAAUCUAUUCUCCACUCCACUGUUUAAAUAUGAGUCAGUAAAAGGUCAGAGGUCAAUAACUUUGUGGAACUAGUGAAGUCCUUAGAUGAGAGUUCUUUAACUUCUUCAUUAACUUCAUGACUUCAUGGUUUCAGAUUCGUUUUUUUGCAGACGACACGUGUGAUUCUGAGAUUUAAUAAAACGUUGUGACUUGG